AUUUUACAUAUUUAUAAUAUUUCUACACGUAUUUCGUAACGUAAUAAUCAAUUAAUUACCAACAACUUAAAAGAUUAUAUUUAUCCAUUUAAAUUUACUUCAAGUCCUUAUUGUGGACUUGUUUUUUGGUUUGUAACAAGUGUGACCACACCCAUCGAAAAUAGGCCUAUCCGAUACUGCAGUCAUGGACAUGAUGAUCUCCAACCUGCAACAGCAGCGGCAAAUUACAGAACAGCUUCGAAGAGAAGCAGCUGUGAAGCGUAUACCCGUUUCACAAGCAAUACAAGAUAUUAUUAAGUAUAUCCGAGAACGGGAAAUGGAGGAUUGCUUAAUGAUUGGCUUUUCAUCGCAGAAAGCUAAUCCAUUCAGAGAAAAAAGUACCUGUGCAGUUAUUUAAAAACCUAAUAUUAAUAUUGAAA